AUGUCCUUGACCUCCAUCGUCUUUGGUGGGCUGGCGGGACUGUUGGUGGCGAUCAUCGGCAAGUGCGCAGAGGAACGAUUCCACAACGACACGCUGAUUCAGAUCAUCACCACGUUGUGCUGCGCAUACUUGGCCUUCUUUGUGGCAGAGAGCGAGCUCAGCACGAGCGGAGUUCUGGCGACAGUUUCGGCCGGCUUCGUUGUCGCCUACUACGCCUGGCCCCGGUUCGUCUCUUUGGAGGCAAUGGAGAUCGUUUGGGAGACUGUGGAGUUUGUCGGCAACACGGUCAUCUUCUUUCUGGCCGGCCUCCUCUUUGCAGAUACUGUGCUCGAUUCUCUUAGCCUCAUCCACCUCAGUGACUUCGGCUACUUGCUGAUGAUCUAUCUCGCGCUGCUCGUGAUCCGGGCCCUCAUGCUGGCGAUUCUUUGGAUUCCGCUCAACAAGGUGGGCUCACCGGUAGACUGGCGCGAGGCCGUCGCGAUGAUCUGGAGCGGCCUACGAGGCGCGGUGAGCUUAACCCUGGCAAUCAUCAUCGACGAGGAGCCCUUGAUCUCCAGGGAGAUGGGUGCGCGCAUCAUGUUUCACGUGGGCGGCGUGGCGGCGCUGACGCUGUUGGUCAACGCAACGACCGCAGCGCCGCUCCUGCGGGCCUUGGGCCUGGCAAGGAGUUCCCUCGCAGACGAGAAGAAGCUGGCAGUGCUCUCGAAGCAUUUGGCCGAGCAUACUGCCCACGCCAUGGCAGCUGCGCGGGAGGACAAAACUGACAUGCGCUUCAUUGGCGCGGACGAGGGUCUUCUCCGACAGAUGGUCCCGGCACUUUCGCAAGAAGCCUCCGCAGAGGUCACAGGCGACGGCGGCGAAACCGCGCAGGCCUACCGUGAAGCCUUCCUCAACGUCGUCAAGAGUCACUACUGGUCGGCCAUCCACAAGGGCAUCUUGCCACGCACCGCCGAAUCUGCCAGGCUUUUGCUGAACUCUGUUGACGUUGCCAUGGACAGUGCCUCCGAGAUUCUGGCGGACUGGGCCUUCAUCUACGAAGCCCUCGAGGCGCCCAAGAAUCAACUUGCCCGCCUGGCGGGGGAGUACAGCAUGGGCGAGACCAUGCAGAAGUCCUAUUGCGUGCUCUCAUUUCUGGAAGCGCACAGGCAAGCAAGAGAAGAGCUACCACGAUUCUUCCACAACGACAGCUUGGAGGUGCAGGAUCUCGUAGCUGCAGAGAGCACGGCGGAGGUCCUGGAGGCAACGAAGCUUCUCCAAGGAUUGCCUGCUGAUGUGGUGACCCUGGCCAGGACGGAGAUGCUUGCAAGGAAGCUGCUGCAGGAGCAGCUGGAAGAAGUUGCUGAGCUGAAGGAGCGUGGGCUCCUUACGUCAUCGGAUGCCUCGAAGCUGGAUCAUCGGGUUCAAGACUCGCUGCUCAAGUUACUGCGCCAGCCAAAGGAUCAGUGGCUGCAGAGCAAGGCAGCAGCAGAUCAGUGA